GAAGUUUAAAAAGAGCACGCUUCAUUCGCUCCACCCCCACGUGACCGCACGUUACAGCUGCUGUCAUCAAUAAUAAACAUCUUAAAUGCCGAGAUAAGUGUCGGUGUGACUGUUGUUAGCAGGAGGACUGAGCCGUCAUCAUGGCAGGCAGGCUGAGCUUCAGCAACAUCACCGCGCUGGCUCCCAUGGUCCGGGUCGGGACUCUGCCCAUGAGGCUGCUGGCUCUGGACUACGGAGCUGAUGUGGUUUACUGUGAGGAGCUGAUUGAUAUCAAGAUGGCCCAGUGUCAGAGGGUAGUAAACGAGGUUUUGGAGACGGUGGAUUUUGUAGCUCCAGACGAUCGAGUGAUGUUCAGGACUUGUGAGAAGGAGAAGGACCGAGUCGUCUUCCAGAUGGGGACUGCUGACCCAGACAGAGCGCUGAUCGUGGCUCGGCUUGUGGAACAUGAUGUCGCUGCUAUCGACGUGAACAUGGGAUGUCCGAAGGAAUACUCCACAAAGGGCGGGAUGGGAGCUGCUCUGCUGUCAGAUCCUGACAAGAUUGAAGCGAUCCUCAGGAAGCUCGUCACAGGAGUUUCUGUUCCAGUGACGUGUAAAAUCCGAAUCCUGCCUUCGUUGGAGGAGACGCUCAGUCUGGUUCAGAGGAUCGAGAAGACCGGAGUCGCUGCUGUCGCCGUUCACGGCAGGUUUAAGGAGGAGCGUCCCAGACAUCCCGUCCACUGCGACUACAUUCAGGCCGUCACUCAGGCUGUUUCCAUCCCCGUCAUCGCCAACGGAGGUUCUCUGGAUCUGGUGAAGACCAACGCCGACAUCGAGGAGUUCAGGAAGGCGACGGGCGCCUCGUCGGUCAUGUUGGCUCGAUCCGCCAUGUGGAACCCAUCCGUGUUCAGCGCCCGGGGACCGUUUCCUGUGGAGGAGGUCAUGGAGGAAUACCUCAAAUACGCAAUUCGGUACGACAACCACGCCUUCAACAGUAAAUACUGUCUGUGUCAGAUGCUGAGAGACAAAGUGGAGUCUCCUCUGGGGAAACAGCUGCAGGCGGCUCAGACCAACGCUGAGAUCAGCGAGGCGUACGGGCUGCAGGAGUUUUACCAGCAGACUCAGGAACAGCUGCAGGCCAGACGGGACGCUCUGCAGAGCAACAGUCAGCCUGACCGGCCCGUCAUGGACGGAGACGUCACCACCAUGGCCGUCAAGUUUGAACGGAGGGAGUAUCCGCCUCACAUCACUCCAAAAAUGUUCCUGUUGGAGUGGAGCCGCAAGGAGAAGCUGGAGCAGCCGCUGUAUGAGGUGGUGCAGCGCGCUCAGGAUCGAGCCUUUCAGUCCACUGUGACUGUAGCAGAGAAGAAAUACAGAUCUUCACUGUGGGAGAAGUCGAAGAAAUUCGCAGAGCAAGCAGCGGCCAUCGUCUGCCUGCGAGUUCUAGGAAUACCGGAGGGUCGCAUCGGUGAGGAAGACUCCGGCCUGGUCUGCAAGAGGAAGAGGGAGGGGAAGAUGAACGGCACCACAGAGGAAGAGGGGAGCAUCAAACGACGCGUCACUGAUAUCGAACAGGACACAGAAAACCUGAAGAGCACUGCGGUGGCUAACGGUGACCAUCACAAACCAAACACGCCUCCGAAACAACCGUAGAGUUGAUGAAGAUGACUCUUUUAUGUUAAACAGGAGGAUAAGAAGCUUCUCUGACGACGGAUGAAUGUUUGUGUGGACUAGAAGAACAAAUCAAGCUUCCAGCAGAGGCUGAUGGGAGUUUUAAAAAGUCGCCUUUAUUGGUGGUUUUUGUUUUCUCUCCACCAAAAAGCUCGUCAGUUCAUUUCCUGUUUGACUAUUUGAGGAUUAUCAACACUGGCAGAUGCUCAAUUCUGCCUUUUUAUGUUUCUUAACUUUUAUUUUUACUGUCAUCGGUUCAGUAGAAAAACAUUUUAAACUGGAAUCUGUCCAGUACAAGAGCAGUCUUCCACUGGAUCAGCUGGGAGAGUCUUAAAGGUGCAAUAUGUAAGAACUGGCAUAUCCACACUCAAAACCAACUGGGGGCAGCAUAUCACCAUUAUGUUACGCUACGCUACAUUAGCGCCCAAUCAAUAGUUCACUAUCAGUGCUGUUAGCUAGCAAAUUAGGUAACUAGGAUUUUGACUGAGUAUGAUUGCAAUAUCAAUUCAGUGCUAACGUUGAGCUAACGUUUGCUUGAAUAAAUCUAACCUAGAGGAGGAAGUGCUACUUCUUCAUCCUCUCAUGUUGGACUGAGGGCAGACUGGAUGCUACAGUGACUCAAUAUCGCCUCUUAAGGUACAAAAAGGUAUUACAAGACAGGACGGGCCGGUGCUAGCUGGUUAGCAUGCUAACUUAAGUAGAUAUCUCUGCAACACAAUACAUAGAUGUCUUUAACAUCACCUCAAAACUGUUAUUUCUUCACAUUCUGUUGAUACUUUUUAGUUAAUUUUUGAAUGUUUUAAACUCAAAAUUCUUACAU